AUGGAGUCUCAUAUCGACAAACCUCACAAGAAGUCAAGAUCACACAACAAGUCCAAGAGAGACAAAUCCCCCACCAGGCUACAGAAGCGCGCUCCCAAGUCGCUUCAGCUUGAUAUCGUCGUCUCCGCCAACCCCUUCCAGCCAUCUGCUGCUUCUUCCCACACCGUGAUUCCAUUCCUAUCGCCGCUGAUUCUGACACCACCCCCACUACCCACCACGGGCACGGAUGAAGCAAUUCAACGGCAGAGCAAUGAGAAGAAAGCUGUACCACCUCCCUCAGGCGGGUGGCAACAUCCGGCGGUGGUUGCAUUGCCGGAACCAUCUUCCCUGUAUAACGUCUUCCAAUCACAGUGUAUGCUGUUGAACAACUUAUGA